GAGUGCCUGCCUGCCUGCCUGCCUGCCUGCCGUGUGGGGGAAGAGAAAAGGAAAAGCGGGAAAAUGCGAGCGGCUGAUCGACGAUCGGGAACGGCCGGCGAUCGCGUCGCCGUCGAGAAUGGAGGAUAAAUUUAUCCGUCGCCAGUGGAAUGCGGCAGAAGCGAGCGCAGGAAGAACACAACACACGACGCCGCGUCGAGACGCAUCGCAGUCGCGUUUCCGGUGUAAAUUUAACCGCGAUGCUCCGCACGGUUUCGCAAUUAGCCAUAAUUAUGAAGACCGAGUUCAAUCGGAGAGUGUACGAUGUUGGAAGGUGGACGUGCAGUGAUCUGGCUCCUAGUAUCAGCCCAUCGAGCUGCACGCCACCCGAAAGAUUCACGUACUAACCUAGUUGCACCUGUGUUUGAAUCCACCAGUUGCAGGGUACUGCACCGUAACCCCAUGACGCCUUUAACACAUGGCCCGCCUAGAGAUACCGAGCAUAGUGGUGUAUAAAGGAAGCAGGUCGCAAGACCGACCUGAGAGUCCCACGGUGGUGGUGCGCGGAGGAAUGCCCUCACUGCCAUCCUCCAGGCAAGGCCUCGCCGUAAGUGGCUCCGGUGCACCUCACCAGAACGCCUCGAAGUCGGAUAUGAUAGACGGGAAUGCCAACCCCAACGUCGGCACCGCCCCCGCAUCGAACUCGCUCCAUCAUUCCGCGCCUUCCUGUCCACCCGACAAAUCGGACACCGAGAGCAAGAACUUUCGCAACCGGACAAACACGAAACUGAAGUUGUUGGUCAGAAGCCAUGCCAUGAGAGAGUCGACGUCUCCCCCGCGGGAGCCCCACAACGGUCCACCGUCGCCGCACAGUCCACAGUCGGCGGAAAGUGAGAAGAAGAUUGUAUGCAGCCUCUCGCCGAAUCCCACCGGCGCCAAGCUCAACAACAACGAGUCGAUGUUCAACAGCAAUCUCUGUCCCGCUCAAUCCCCCAAGCAAAUGCGCAACACAGCGACCUCGCCGACCUGCCGAACACCGUCGCGAAAUGGUCAAUCUAGUCCUUCUCAGGUACACUCACCAAAGAACAUCACGUCUCCGACAAACGGCAAUAAGUUGGAGAACCAUCGAAGCUCGAAGAUCGCGAGCUCGAAUAUCAUUCAGAAAUGCAAUAACUGCGUGAAGAACAAUCAGAGUGACCGGCCGGGUCUGCUGCAGACCCCGGUGUCGCCCUCCAAGUCCGGCCAGGCGCUGCAACACUCGCCCAAGAGCACGAAUCUGGCACCGAGCGCACAGAACAAUCAACACAAGUCUGAGCAACGCAGGCCGAAUACGUUGAACAUCUGCAACAACCAAUGUUCGGCGCAGUGCGGCAACACGCUCUCGGUGAGCAGGCCGGCCUCCAGGCAUAAGCUGAGACACCAGAAUUCGUCCCAGGGUAGCUACGACAGCGCGUCGCCGUGCCUUUCACGCGACAGCAGCACAGAGUUGUACACGGACAGCACCGGGAUAGAUCUGGAGCAAUUCAUCGCAGAAACGAUAAAUCGCAAUCAGAAGGAUCGCACGGUGCUAUUGAAGAUCGAGAAAGACCUGAUCGAAUUUGCAAAGGACCGGCAGAAGGUCUCUCACAAGUUUCCAAAUAUGUCGUCGUACAACAGGAUGCUGGUUCAUCGUGUGGCGGCGUAUUUCGGCAUGGAGCACAACGUGGAUCAGUCGGGUCUGAGUGUUAUAGUCACGAGGACGAAGAACAUGCGAAUACCUGACACUCGUUUUAAGGAACACAUCAGAGACGAUCUGAUCUUGUCGGAGGAGCCGCGGAGAAGCAUCCUCAAGCGGGAUUCGAGCUCGUUCGAGGACAGCUUCAACUUCAAAUCGCCGGACAGACUAUCGGGCGACUACUGCCGGCGGAGUAAGAGCUUCGAGGAGCGCGAGGAGGAGUACGAGCGCGCCCGACGGAGGAUAUUCAAGGACAGUAGCGGCGAGAGCAGCGAGAUCACAUCCUGGCCGUGGUCCUCGUCGGAAAGCUCGGACGCGUCGGCAAGGUAUCGCUUGCUACACCCUUCGGAUCACUUAAUUAGGCAAAACCGACUGUUAAAGGGCGAAUCCUUCGACGGUAGGGACUCUUUCCGCGGCGCGGUGUUGCGCCCUUCCGUUUCCAAGUCCUUCAGCUUCGGUGGAUAUACCAAGGGCAUGCUGUCGAGGGGGGAUAGCGUCACGUCCACGCACAGCGCGGGAGCUCGCCUUAUGAAGCAAGAUUCGGGGGCUAGUAUGUGUUCACGCUUGAGUCCGUCGAGUAGUGGCUACAAGUCACAGAGUCAACGCAGCGACGCGACGAUAUCACCUUCCCCGUCGCCCUCCCCCGUGGCUACCAUGACGUGCAGCCACACUCAAGUAUCUAGUCAAGACUUGGCGUCACCCGAGUCGAACGGCCAGACGGUCAUGUGGGCGGUCACCAGUAUAUCCAGCGUACCGCCCGGCAGCAUAAUUAUAAAUCCGCAAACGAACCAACCGUGUACGAACGCGGACGGCAGCAUCUACCGCUUCGAUCCGGACAACCCGCCCAAGUUCUACACGAUCGAGGACGAGAGCGACGCCGGCAACGUCAAUCUUUCGUCGAAUUCGGUCAACAAGCACGCAGAACUAGCCACCGAGCCGUCCAGGACGAUCAGCAGCUCGUGUAAGAACGACGGUAAGAAGCAGCGUUCGCAGUCGAAGAUGAACGCUGCCAACGCACCAACGUCCGCCCAAAUGACGAACACGGCGACAUCACCGAGUCUGCCGUUUACGCCACCGCCACCGUCGCUGCCGCUGCCGCUGCCGCUGCCCCCGCCACCGCCUCCUCCUCCUCCUCCUCCCCCUCCUCCCCCUCCUCCUGCUCCUCCUCCUCCUCUUCCUCUUCCUCUUCCUCUUCCUUCGCAGAACCCACCCAUUCCGCAGCCGCAGCCACAACAGCAGCAGCAGCAGCAGCAACAACCGCAACCACAGCAGCAGCAGCAGCAACCGCCGCCGCCUCCGUCGCAACCACAGCAAAGUCUAGUCAAGUCGUCAUCAACGGUGCAGACGUGUAGUCAUAACCAAACGGCUCAACCGUACGCGACCUAUGUACCUACCUCAGAACCGUACAACCAGGGUGUCUAUCCGCCUCCUAUGGGGCAACCGACUGUGAUGAUGGCGCCUCAUCCUCAGGGUCAAGCAAGCGUACAGAACGGCGGCCAGGGGGACUCUCUUCUCUUCAACCAGAAUCAGAUCUAUGCCAAUUACGCGGUACCCGUGCACCAGGGACCGGUACCGCAGUCAGCAGACGUGGCCGAAUUGUCUGGCUAUUUCUUGGGUAUGAACAUCUACGAUCAGCGCGGUGGCGGAGACCAUCACUCGACGCCGCCGCAUUCGUAUCCGCAGCCACCGCCACCCACCCACAGUCAGACUGUGCAGAAUGUGCAGACGGUGCAACCGAAUUAUUGGCAACCACCGCCGAAUCAGAUACCGCCUCAGCAAACCAUGUACUUUGUGCCUCCGCCCGGAACGACGAUCUCGGUCGGUCAGAAUCCAAGCGACAGGCAGCAGCUGCAUCAACAACAGAGGUUCCCGACGAAUUAUCCCUUCAAUGCGCAAACGAUGACUCCUCCGAGCCAAGCGAAUUCUAAUUACGUGAGCAGUUACCCAGUACCGUACAAUUCCGUGCCGGCGGUAACCCCGUCACCGGGCGACUAUACCUAUCAACCUCCUCCAGUCCAUAUGGUUCCUACAUAUUACCCGCCGGGACAGCCAGCGGCGAUGCAGCCACCGCCUGUGAUGUACAGAGUACCAACACCACCGAACACACCGACGUCCAAUCAGAUACCACCCGGUAUGCCGUUGAUGUACGUUAAUUCAAGCAGCUACGCACCGCCGGUAAUGUCCGGCGGCACGUUUGGACACCAUCAGGUCACUCACAACGGCACGUCCCCGGCGCCGCCACCCGGCGCGUACAUGGCAUCCACGCUGGUUCCCAAUCUCGUCUUCAGACAAAACGUUCCUGUCGUUCCCGGUGUUCGAGCCACAACGCCAGGUAACUCUCAGAGAGCGAGCCGCUCCCCGACUCCAGCGCACGAACUCUUCGGAGGUGGGAACGGGGACAGAAGCGCACAACCACAACCGCGUUACCCACUGCCAAUGUAUCAGGGUGUCCAUAUCGUGCCAGAUUUCUUUGUAAACGAAUCUCUCAACACCGUAGGGGAUAUGAGAUUGAUGCAUCCUGGCGUACCAACCAAUUCGCGGCUGCAGUAUGCACCAGUAUCGUCACCGCCUGUUGUUCAAGGCUGCCCACGGCCGUACAGGCCGCCUUCGUAUUCAUCCAACACCUCGGGGGGCGGCACUCCGACUUCCUUCGACGGCAGAAAUCAGAAAAUUCGCAAACAGAGGUCCAAAGUAGCCGCUUUACCACCGACCGGCGCGCGGCCCAAUCUCUACCAGGCGCCUUCCAUGCCGUCGCUCGCGUCGAACGUACCCAAGGACAUCAGAGAAGGAACGGUAAAGGUGACAAUCACCCGUCGGAACCAGUUGGUACAAUAUUGAGGAAGUGAAAAGGACGCGCUAAGGCAGGAUGCUGCAACAUCGCUGAUGACGGCGUGAAUUCAGAUCGAUUCAUCGAUUAACCCGAGGAAGAAUCGAGAUCGGCGAACCCACUUUACCGUCAGACAUACGAUUCUUACACGCUAUAUAAUUAAUUGUUAUCCUAAAUUAUUUCAAGAAAAUGUCACAGACGCUGUAAAUGUAGAGACGACGCUAUACAUCGGAAGAUCAAGAGAAACGAACAAUAGGGUCUCUAUGACACGCGUGUACGCACGGGAAUUACGUGUAGAAGGAGGUGACAGCGUGCGUACACACCGUAGUGCGAAUUUCUUUUUUCGUCUUUCCGGGAACGCGAGAGAAGCGAGGAACGAAAUUUGAACUUUUCUUUAACUCGAAAUUUACGUAGUCACGCUCGAUCAAGUCUGAAUUACCAUGACAACGGCAGGAGGAGCACGAGCGCGAAAGCAAGAAUAAUAACUUAGAGCAAAACAGAAGCAGAAGAAAAA